ACCAGGUCUCCGAAGGCCUAGCAGCAAAAACCAUUGUCAUAUUCGGAAUCAGCAUAGUCGAUAACCUAUUCUCCACUAGAUUUCAACAAAAAAGCGAGCGGACACUUGGGGCAGUUCCCUCGUCAGUUCAAUUCAAAAUUGUUAAGCUGUUUAUUAAUUUGAGAGCAUCAUGGUUGAAUUUUAUUGGUUGUUCAUUGAUGAUGUUAAUGUUUUCUACUAUCGGGCUUCUUAUGUAUGCUAAAUACCAGAACUGUGAUCCACUAAAAGCAAAACUAAUUCAAAAACCAGAUCAGGUAAGUAGUUGUAACGAUAUAUUUGUUUAUAAUUCAUCUUCUUUUUUUCAUAGCUUUAUCCACUUUUUGUCAUGCAAACUCUAGGAAAAUUUAAAGGACUUCCGGGGCUGUUCAUUUCUUGUAUCUUUAGUGCAUCAUUAAGGUCAGUACUUAAUUAGUUUAAAGCAUUUUUGAUCAGAUAGUAAUUUAAAAAUUAAUAUUAGAAUAAAUUUAUCGCAGUUCAAAUCAUAAACAGAUAUAAAUAGAAAAAAACACAUUGACGUCGACUCACAUUUAGAAAACUGAUUAUUAGCCAGCACAAGAUUUAUGUUUUUAUUAUAGUACGAUAUCUUCAGGUGUUAAUAGUAUUGCUACUGUCAUUCUUGAAGAUUUUUAUAAACGUAUAAGCAAACAUGAAAUAUCUGAUGCUCGUCAAGCAACUAUGUUAAAAUUACUAUGUACGUCAAGAUAUUGUAUCGAUGGAAACCCUCUCGUUGAAAUAAUAGAUGGUGGAAUAGAAAAACCAAAUAAUCUUACUGAUGAAACUGAUAUGAUGUUACGAACAUAA